UAAUAACGCGACGUUUGUUUUUCUGAUUUGACACCGAUUGUUAAUUCUCGCUGCCUAGCUAUCUUUUUAUUUACUUUAAGCUAUGUUUUGUGGCAGAGUAAAGUAGUCGUGUUUGAUAUUGCAGGUUUUAGAAAAAUAAUCGACGCGACUUCGAGUGAGAGAAAAUUCGAAAGGAUUUAAAAAUGGAUGUUGAGUUCAGAAUGCGGUUCUGGACGUGAACACGCGCUGAUUGGUGUGCAGGAAAUGAAGUGAUCCAGGACCGCUUGGAAUGUUAAGAGACGUUUUAAAUGAUAAAAACGUGCUGAUUUUUGCCGAGUCGUCUUUUUCCCCCCCGAGGUGAUGGGAUGUUGGAGAUUGUACACAGUCAGCUCAUGCGUGUGAAGGAGUGGAUGUGCUGCAGUUGGCCUGUUCAUUCACCGGCCACACACCAGAGCCUUUAACAGACUGGACAGGAUUUAAAAAAUUUCCCAAUCCUCCACUACAGUCAUGCACCAGAAGAAGCCAUCCAUCCUGCACUUCAUCUUCAUCAAAUAAACCUUUUCCGUAUGUUUACAGGAUUUGCCCCAUGAGACAAGACCACAUGUCUGAGGGUCUAUGCCACACUCCGUCUAUUUCACAUUAGAUUCUGUGGAAUCUUUAAUCGACGUCCUUCCAUAUAUGUUUUAUCUCGGCCUCUUCUUUGUAAACGUCCUCAUCCUCUACUAUGCCUUUCUAAUGGAAUACAUCGUGCUGAAUGUGGGGAUUGUGUUCCUGCCCGAGGACAUGGACCAGGCUCUGGUGGAUCUGGGUGUCCUCUCUGACCCGGCGUCCGCCCCGUAUGAGACAGACACAGAGUUUGAUGUGUUUGAGGGAUAUCUGGAAUAGGGUUAAGACGGACAGAUCAUGGCUCGAGAAGGCAUUGUGUAUAACACAGUCAAGGACUGGAGCACUGACGAUGAUUGCUGUUGCUGUGAGAAAAUGGUGCCUUGGUCAUCGCAUCAAAGAAACCUGAGCAUGAAGAAGUUGUCCAGGCUCAAGAAAAAUGAUGUGUAACAAAUCUGAUCAGGUGGAAUUUUCCCAGGGAAAAGCCAGACGUCCAUGGCAGAAGGUUCUCCAUAAAACAAAACGGAUCGGAUCGACGUAGGACAGGACAUCACUUACACUGACACUGUGGCUCUCGAAUCACCAAGCUGGCUUAGUUUUAGUUUGAGUCUGAUGUGUUGUUCAAGCUGCGAGAUUCAGAGCUUCACUGCAUUUCAGAAUAUAGAUAUAUUUUUUAUUCAGUAAAUUAAUGAAGCACUUAACGUUUUACACUUUCAUUUCAGCCGGAGGAGUCUGUCUGAGUUCUGCAUGUUUUUUAAAAAAUCUGUUAUUUUCUCAAUUAGAUGAUUUAGGUGAGCAAUACCUCUGUGAGACAGACGUUAUGUUCUCAGUAUUGUGCUGCUUUGGAAGAGUGUGAGAGCUGUACGCUUGUGACAUGCUGGAAAACAUCGAUUUGUUCCAAUUGAUGGAUUUCAGAGAUGAACUCAGUCUGCGCACAGAUACAGUAUACUGUGUGUAUAUGAUAAAUAUAUAUUUAAUAAAUAAUUAAUUUCACUUUA